UGGCAGUUUUAAAAUUCAAACCGCUGGGAAUGCUCCCUCAGCCAAACUUUACAAAUAGUAAAGCCUUAGUCAUCUGAGCAAGCAACUUUAACGUAUUCCAACUGUUCUUUGUAAACUGGGUUGAAUUGAGAAGGGAAAAAUAAGGUGGCGAUUCUGCUGUGUGGAUCAGGGAACAAUACCCAGAGGAGAAAAGCAGUCCUCGAAAUCCAGUGUUUUUACUGAGGGACAUGUGGCGAUGCUGGCAGGAGAAAGGGGUGGCCCAGCUCGCCCCUCACUUCCCUGGCUGCAUCUCCAGGCCCUGACUCGCCCAAGCAGAGAUUUAGCUCCUGGAGUUACUGGAAAGAAGAAGGAAAAAGUUCCCAUAAAAGUCUCCAGGUGCAAGAUCUCAGGCCCAGGAGCUCCUGUCGGGGAGUUACCAUGUCCACGCAGAGACUUCGGAACGAGGACUACCGUGACUACAGCUCCACCGACGUGAGCCCGGAGGAGAGUCCAUCUGAAGGCCUGAACAACUUCUCUUCCCCAGGAUCCUACCAGCGGUUCGGGGAAAGCAACAGCACAACAUGGUUCCAGACCCUGAUCCACCUAUUAAAAAGCAACAUUGGCACAGGACUCCUGGGGCUGCCUCUGGCCGUGAAAAAUGCAGGCAUCUUGAUGGGUCCCCUCAGCCUGCUGGUGAUAGGCCUCGUGGCUGUGCACUGCAUGGGUAUCCUGGUGAAGUGCGCUCACCACUUCUGCCGCAGACUGAACAAGCCCUUUGUGGACUAUGGGGAUACGGUGAUGUAUGGCCUGGAAGCCACCCCCAUCUCCUGGCUCCGGAACAACGCCCACUGGGGAAGGCACACUGUGGACUUCUUCCUAAUCGUCACGCAGCUGGGAUUCUGCUGUGUCUAUUUUGUCUUUCUGGCUGACAACUUCAAACAGGUGAUAGAAGCAGCCAAUGGGACCACCACCAACUGCCACAACAACGAGACGGUGAUCCUGAUGCCCACCAUGGACUCGAGACUCUACAUGCUCGCCUUCCUGCCCUUCCUGGUGCUUCUGGUGUUCGUCAGAAACCUCCGAGUCCUGUCCAUCUUCUCCCUGUUGGCCAACAUCACCAUGGUGGUCAGCCUGGUUAUGCUCUACCAGUUCAUUGUUCAGGAUAUCCCAGACCCCAGAUUCCUCCCCUUGGUGGCAUCCUGGCAGACCUACCCUCUUUUCUUUGGCACAGCCAUUUUUGCAUUUGAAGGCAUCGGGAUGGUUCUGCCCCUUGAAAACAAAAUGAAGGAUCCCCGGAAGUUCUCGCUCAUCCUCUAUGUGGGAAUGGCUAUCAUCACUGUCCUCUACAUCAGCCUGGCGUGUCUGGGGUACCUGCAAUUUGGAGCUAGAAUCCAAGGGAGCAUAACCCUCAACCUGCCCAACUGUUGGCUGUACCAGUCAGUUAAGCUGCUCUAUUCCAUCGGCAUCUUCUUCACCUAUGCCCUCCAGUUCUACGUCCCGGCCGAGAUCAUCAUCCCCUUCUUCGUGGCCCGUGCACCUGAGCAUUGCGAGCUGGUGAUAGACCUAUCCGUGCGCACCAUGCUGGUCUGCCUGACGUACUUCGGCAUCUCAGCAUUUCAGUUUGCUGCACGGUUGGACAAACUGAACCUGGUUCGAUAACAGCACCAAUUCUCUGAGAUUCUGCAAAAGAAGUCCCCAUCUGUUUGCCUUUGAAGAUGGUUUAGCAAGGAUGUGAUGCUGGAGCUGCAGCAGCCAUUUUGUUACCACGAGGGAGAAGGUACAGGAAUUUUGAAGAAGGUAACCCAAAGUUGUGAUAUCAGUUUCCUGCUGAAAUAACCAAUUCUGGAAUAGAAUUUCCCACGAGCAGACCUUUUGUUAUGUGAAAUAAUAAGGCCUUAUUAUUUAAUAAGCUUUUAGUCAGGUGAUCUGUUAUUUGCAGCCAAAGCAUCCUAACUCAUACUCAUGAUACAAAACAGGUGAAAGUGGGGUGACGCUGGUUGAUGCAUAGUGUGACACAGAACUCUGUCCUCUUACCUACUUCCUCACCUCCCUCACCCCUUGUGGUCACAGUUCCCCACGGAAUCUUAAGACUCUCUCCAAAUCCCAUUCACAAACCAUUAGUAUGGUGGAAAUAGCUUGGGAUCUGGAAGAUCUUCUGGGUUCAAAUCCCAAAUUUGCCACAUUUUGACUGUGGCACAUUUCUAUACUUCCAUUUAAAAAAAUCUAUGAAAUGGGUACUGUCUAAUUCCAUAUGGCUGUGUGAGUCCCCCAUGCGAUCAUGGAUGUGGAUGUGCCUAGCACAGUGCCUGAUGAUUUUUAAUUGUGUAAUCCAUAAUCCCCUUCAGCAGACCGUGUUGCCAUUAGGGAUAUCAAUGCAAGGUCACAGUCACUGUUUGGGUGGACUGGUAUCAGUGGUGAGUGCCCUCCACUAGGAGGGAUAUGAAGGGAAGAUGGAUUCAGGAUGCUUUGGGAAGCUUGAGCAUACCUGGAUGGAAGUGCUGUAGUUGAGCUGGAAGAAUCUUGGUGGGUUAUCAUUGACAUCAGCCACUUGGAUAGCGAUGUCUGUGUCCUCAUGCAGUGGGGGCUUCCCACUGUCUGUGGCUCGGAGCCUCAGGGAGUAGCUAGAAAUCUACAGCAAGAUGCCCAGAGGAGAGUUAGCAACAAGACCACUCAGUUCUGCCCCCUGAUUCAUGACUAAUGUUUUUAGAAAAAUAAGAUGGAGACACUCCCCUAUGCCUGCCCUCAUUACUCUCCCAUAGCCUUUUAGGGCUCAGGUUCUAGAGUCAGGCAGAAGUAGGUUUGACUUCCAGUUUAACCAUUUACUAGAUGUGAGACCUUGGGAAAGUGACUAAGCUUAUGUGAGGACGGUAUUAGGACCUACCUCCUAGGAUUACUUUAAGGACCAAAUGGCCUAAGGACCAAAUGGCGUAAUGUAUGUACAUCACUUAGCAAAGUUCCUGGCACAGAGCAGGUGCUCAAUAAGUGAUAACUUGUAAUGAUCUAAUGAUCCCUGGUUAAUAGUGAGAAGCUGGCCUGAGCUCUUUCAGGAAGGUUAAAGUUUACUCAGCCCCUCUCCUGCUGAGGUCAGGGGGACCCACAGAGAAAAGGAGUGGGAGGCCCUGAGGGCAGGUCUAGAGAAGUGUCAGGAUGGGGUGUUGAACACAGUUCACCCUCUGGACCUGCAGCAGGGCUGUAUUCUGCUCUGAUGAGCUCAGAUUGGGCCCCUCCCACAUGAUUUACCUGUUCCCAAUCCAGGGCCUUGGCCACCUGUAGUUCCCCUUUCUUGGGGUGGAUAGCAAAGUGCCCAAGCUCGUUCCCUCCUAUGAGGCUGUAGGUGAUGGCACUAUUUAGGGGUCCAUCUUCGUCAUUCGCUGACACCUGCAAUAGAGGCGGGUGACAGUUGUGAUUGGGGAGGCAAGAAGGAACAGAAAGGAAUCUUGGCCCCUGGGAGUGUAGGGGGCACAGAUAUGUCCCUGCCCCAUACACUGCCCUUGGGCUGGCAAUCCCUGGACCAUAGUCACCCUUGCCAAGGGAAUCUCCUCAUACAUCCUAGUAUGGAUGUCAGCGUGCGUGGUUCAUUCGUUUAUCUAUCCAUUCAUUCAUUCAUUCACUCAUUCACUCAUAACUGACAGGAUGCUAGGGUCCUGUGCUAGGAGUUGAGGAAUGUGCCAAAAUGAAUAAGCCCUCAGGAAGCUUAAUGUCUAAUUUUAUGGACAAGUCUAAUUUGGGGCAAAGUAUGAUCAACUUUAUGGUGAUAAAUUUCACCUGGAGAGAUUAGAAGAGGAUUCAUGAAGCCCUGAAGGCUUCUGGGAGUGGAGCCAGCAUUCCAGGCAGAAGAAACAAUGUGAGCCCAGAGGUAUGAAAGUACAGAGGAUGUUUGGGGAAUGGUACCUCUUCCUGUGUGGUUGGAGCAUAGGGUGCAUAUCAGGGGGUGGAAGGAGACGAGAGCCUCGAAUGUGGACAUACAGAGUUUGGUUUCACUCCAUGAAGUGAGGAGCAAUUACAUGUUUAAAUGCAAAAAGGUGUUGUAUGGUGUCCCCUCUCUUCCUCCCCUCCCAUGCUGACACUCAGUGUCCCUCUGGCCAUCCUCUGGGGCCUCUCCCAUGCCCCAUUCUUUCAGUACCUGAUCUAGAUCUUAUCAAACGUGGCUCUGAGAAAUUUUAUCAUGAGAGAGUUUGGUUGAGUGGCUACAAGUCAGAGUCAAGUCUGUAGUGUAUUAAUUGAUAAAAUAAUCCAUGUUCAUAGAUGACUGGGGGAGGGGGAGAUACAAACCCACCCCAGAGUCCAUGCCCCUCAAAAGGGCAAAAUUGCACAUCCUUACUGUGAGCACAACAUCACCCACGAUGGCAUUCUCUAAGACCCUCGUGCUGUACAGAUCCUGGGAGAAUCUGGGCCGGUGUUCGUUGACAUCAGUGAUAUUGACCACAAUUGUGGUCAUGUCACUGAGGGAGGAGGAGCCCUUCCGGCUGCACUCGAUGGAUAGGAAGUACUUGGGGCUUGUCUCAAAGUCCAGGCUUUUAUUGACGUACAGGAUCCCUGAGGAAACAAGAGGUGAUGGGAGCAUUGAGGCAGUUGGGACCACAAAGGCAGAGUACUGAGGGGGUCUUGAGCCAAACCCCAGGAGAAGCAGCUCAACUGGGUUGGGAGAGACAGACCUCCUGCAUCAUCUCCUCCAUCAUCUCACCUCCCUCUUCAUUUUCUCUCUCCCAUAGCCUCCCCCUUCCCCUCCAUUUCCUCUCAUUUUCCUUAUUACCAUUCUCAACAGCAGUGUUUCCCUCAUUUAUUUCUGUAUUACUUCAUUGAAAUCUCAUUUAAUUCUAUAAUACUGACUCUAUCUCAUGUAGAUCUGUAAUAACCCUGUAGAGCAGGAACAAGUGUGAUUUCCAUUUUCUAGGUAAGUCAGCUGACGCUCUUAACAUUUACAUGACUUGCCCCAGCUCAGUCACCUAGUAAAUGACAGAACUUAGAUUAUAGAGUUUUAUAAUACCCAAAGCUGUGUAACAAAUUAUUAGAGCAGAGAUUUAUUAUUCUGAACACUGGAAAAUAAAAGAACAAGGAUUUAUCCUGCCAUUCCUGUAUAACUGAAUAGUUAAUGGUAGAACACUCUUCUUUAUAAAAUAAUUCCAGUUAGUAAAUGAAUGAGGAAUGAUAAGGUUAGAAAAAUCACCAUUUUGCAGCCCCUAAUGAAAUAAUAUAUCUGGGAAAUAAUCAUUAAAGGCUGUUAAAACCAUUAGAAAAAGAGCUGGAUGGAUCAGGCUGACAACCCCCGAACCCACCAUCAAUCUUGACCUCAGCAAAAAGAACCAGUCAGCCAUUAUGUGCCUCCUCCUGUGGCGCAAAGGAGAGCCCAGCAUCAUCUAUGAAGCUUUGUUGGCAAAAAAAUUGAGCUUGAACCGCAUCAAGGUCUUUGAUCCAAAUGUCAUUUAUAAUAAAUAUAGGGGCUAGAGAGAUACGUUAUAUGACACCAUAAAGAUACAACUAGCCAAUCUAAAAUUAUUUUUAAAAUCCUGCCUCACACACGACCCCAAUAUUUCAUUAAAUAAAUGGCAGCAGGAAAUAAAGAGGGAGAGGAAAACGUUAGAGGUUAAAAGAUGCUUAAGACACUGCCUAUCAACCAGAUGCAAUAUGUGGACAUUUGGGGGAUGCUGACAAGCAAAUCCACUUCUAAAAGACAUUUGUGAGAUAAUCUGAAAAAUUGUCUGGCUGGGUAUUGGACUGUAUUAAGGAAUUAUUAUCUUUUGGGUGUGAUAAUGGUAUUAUGGUUGUGUUUAUACAAGGAGUCCUUAUCAUUUAGAGAGAGAUACACACUAAAGUAUUUACAAACCAAAUGAUAUCAUGUCUGGGAUUUGCUUUAAAAUAACUCAGCAGUAGGUGGAUAUGGGGGGCAAAGAUGAAACCAGACUAGACAAAUAUUGAUAAUUACUGAAGCUGGGUGAUGGGAACAUGGGGUCCAUUAUACUGUUCCCUCUAUUUGUUAUAUGUUUAAAGUCUCUGUAAUAAAAACUAAAAAAAUACUGCUCAACAGUAAGGCGGAUGCCUUAGGAGGUAGAGCGCACCGUUGCAGAGGUGUUGUGGUGAGGAAUCCACAUGGAGCCUGGUCGGACCUGAGCAGCCUCUGAAUCCUCCCUUCCAUGGGAUUCUGGGAGUCUGACUUAGACCCUCCUGUGGCUAGGAGAGAAGAGAGCCGGUUUCCUAGUUCUCUCUCUUUAUGAGACUAAGGGAAAAUUCGGGGGUCCCCGGAUGUUUCGGGGAGGCUUUAGGAGGGAAGCAGGCAGCCUUGCCUUGGGCUGCCUAAGCCCCAGAUUCUAGCAAGAUUCUUCGUGCCUUGGCAGCCAAGGAUGGAGGGUGGCUUCAGCCUCCUGGGGCUGGGUGUGAGCCAGGACUAUGAAGCUGCAAACUGGGAGGAGAGAGUCCUCAAUAGAGUCUUUGGUGGGGAUGUAGUGGAAUAAGGGAUGUUUCCAUGUAAGCUGGCCCCAUGCUACAAGAAGGGACUUGGCACCUGGAGAGAUGGAGAGUGAAGAAGGGGCUGAAGGAUGCUGGGGAGGGGCUAUGGUAUGCGAGGAGUCCAGUGUUCCCCAAGACUCUGUGUGUGUAUAUGUGUGUAGGGGGUUGCUCCCUCACCUGUGUGGGCAUCCAGGCGGAACCGUCCCUGCUCGUUCCCGCUGACCACGCGGUAGCUGGUCUUCUCGGCGCCCGGGCGAGUGAGGGUGGCCAGCCGCAGAACCUCCGUGCCACGCUGGGCAUCCUCGGGCACCUGCACGCUGUGCUCGGUGUUCAGGAACACGGGCAGGUAGUCAUCCAGGCCCACCACGGAGAU